GUUUUCCCUCCACUGGCCUCUAAGCGGUGCGGUUUCCUUCGGAACUUUCUUUGUUUUUCCAUCUCGCCCGUUGCCCGUGAUCUCUAUCAUACACGGUGGCUGGCUGCACUUUUUUAAAAACAUUUUUAUGAUGGCGGAGGACAGUGAAUCAGCUGCCAGUCAGCAGAGCCUGGAGCUAGACGACCAGGAUACCUGCGGGAUAGAUGGAGACAACGAAGAGGAAAAUGAGCAUUUACAAGGGAGUCCAGGGGGAGAUUUGGGGGCCAAGAGGAAGAAGAAGAAGCAGAAGAGGAAGAAAGAGAAGCCAAGCUCGGGGGGAGCCAAGUCUGAUUCUGCCUCUGACUCUCAGGAGAUAAAGAACCCUGGCUUGCCCAUUCAGAAGCUGCAGGACAUCCAGAGAGCCAUGGAGCUGCUCUCUUGCCAGGGUCCAGCAAAGAGCAUCGAUGACGCAGCCAAGCACAAGUACCAGUUCUGGGACACCCAGCCCGUGCCGAAGCUAAAUGAGGUGGUGACAAGUCACGGGCCGAUAGAAGCAGACAAAGAGAACAUUAGACAGGAGCCAUAUUCCUUACCUCAAGGCUUUAUGUGGGACACUCUGGAUCUCAGCAAUGCAGAAGUACUUAAGGAGUUGUACACAUUGUUGAAUGAAAACUAUGUGGAGGAUGACGACAACAUGUUCAGAUUUGAUUAUUCACCAAACUUUCUCAAAUGGGCUCUGCGUCCACCCGGCUGGUUACCACAGUGGCAUUGUGGAGUGAGAGUGUCCUCAAACAAGAAGCUUGUUGGCUUCAUCAGUGCCAUCCCUGCAGAUAUACGCAUCUAUGACACACUGAAGAACAUGGUUGAAAUCAACUUCCUGUGUGUCCAUAAGAAGCUGCGUUCAAAGCGUGUUGCUCCAGUGCUAAUCAGAGAGAUCACACGGAGGGUGAACAUAGAAGGAAUAUUUCAGGCAGUAUACACAGCAGGAGUGGUACUGCCUAAACCUGUGUCCACAUGCAGGUAUUGGCAUCGUUCUUUGAACCCCAGGAAGCUUGUGGAAGUUAAGUUCUCCCACCUGAGCAGAAACAUGACCCUGCAAAGAACCAUGAAGCUCUACAGACUACCAGAUAGCACCAAGACUCCAGGUCUGCGACCGAUGGAGAGGCGUGACAUCCGCCAGGUCACCGAGCUGCUACAGAAAUUCCUGAGACGUUUCCAACUUGCACCUUGUAUGGGAGAAGAAGAGGUGUCUCACUGGUUCUUGCCACAGGACAACAUCAUUGACACAUUUGUAGUAGAGGGUGCCGGUGGUGUACUGACAGAUUUCACUAGUUUUUACACUCUGCCCUCGACCGUGAUGCAUCACCCUCUCCACAGGAGCCUGAAGGCUGCUUACUCUUUUUACAACGUUCAUACACAAACCCCUCUACUGGACUUAAUGAAUGAUGCACUGAUCCUGGCCAAGCUGAAAGGUUUUGAUGUGUUCAAUGCCUUGGAUCUAAUGGAGAAUAAGGUGUUCCUGGAGAAGCUCAAGUUUGGCAUAGGAGAUGGAAAUCUGCAGUAUUACCUCUACAACUGGAAAUGUCCCCCUAUGGACCCUGAUAAGGUUGGCCUCGUCCUUCAGUAGCAGGUCUCUUCACUGCUGCUACACAAACACUGAUCAAGAGGUUCGUUAGUGACCUCUGGCUAUUCCUUACCUGGACAUACAGGUAGCCCACGCUAGACAAUGAGAACUACAACAGUUAAACCAACCUGGAGACUGGGAGACGGUUAAAAAAAAAAAACAUUCUCCUUUUCACCUGGAGGUGAAAACUCUUAAAAUCAUCAACAUCCUGAAUGUGAAGUCAUGCUAUGCCUGAGAUACUCAUACAGUACAACGCUCCUGACAUGCACACUCGCAUUUAAAACAUACAAGAGGAUGCCUUGACAUUGUGAAUUUUGUUUAGUUAUUUUUCCUCCGCAGACGACUCGUUACAAGGGACUGGCAUGUCAUUUAAUUUCACUGACAUUGAACUAUGUAAAUGAUAACCAACAAACAAAGUAAACAUGACCACAAUAUUAAACGAUAAGUUAUUGUGUCCCCACUGAGGGUCUUUUAAAGAGUUAUUCUCAUCUUCUUCUCAUAUCUUUGUGGUGAGAAGUUUCUCUGCUGGCUGCUUCGGGCCUCAGUAGAAUUAGAAAUGCUAAGAACAUGUUUGUGAUAGCUGACAUAUAAAAGAAAAAACUUUUUCCCUCAAGCAUUUAGGAGAAAAAUAUCUUAACUUUUCAAACACACACAUACACACACGCAAACACUGUCAAAUAACACGCAUAUACACAACAAGGAUAUCUUCGUGGAAGGACUCGUCCAACUGGUGCAUUGAGAUACAUGUUUCUUUUGUUAAAAUAUAUAGUUACCUGUACAUUUAAAGCCAGAUCAUAUUUAUUCCUGUAGUGUGAGUUUGGGGUGCGGGAGGGCUGAUCCAAAGUAUUUUCCUCAUAGGUAGUGUAGAUGUCACUGAGUUUGUUCAGAAAAUGUGGGUUUAAAGUGGUUUUUGAUGAAGAAUGUAUUGCAUCAAUGAAGCACAAUUUUUGAGUUCCUAAACAAGCAAGAGUCCUUUUUUCUUUUUUUCUUUUUAAAAGGUCAGAUUUCAAAACAGAUGUGUUGCGGUACAAACUGUACAACCUUGGUUUUUACAAAGGAUGUGAGCUGUUUCCACGUUAUGAACAAGUUUCUAGAGUCGAUUUUUAAUACAACAUCUAAGGUUAUCUUCACUGAUACGCUCAUGCAGCACAGGUUUUAUCUGCAUGUGAAUGCUGCGUUGUUCAGUUAAAUAAGAGGCAACAGUUACAGAAGCUGAAAAAAGAAAGGAUGACACACUGAGUGCACAAGCAGGGCAGUGAAUCAAAGGCUUAAUGACAACAACAAAUAUUAAUUCAACUAUAACCAGGUUGCACUUGAUUGAGAUUUUGUGCAAAAAAUAAAAACAUUGUCUAGACAGUUUUAUAGCAUAACAAUGGCUUUACUUACUUUAGAAAGGGUAAUGUGCUCAGUUAAGUCUUGUUUAAAGCAGCCAAGGUUUGUUUUCUUUUGUUAAUUUAGUCAUUGCCACUUAUAGAGAAACUGACUUAUUUCUUCCAGUAGCCUGCUGCAAAGCGUGAAUAGGUAAAGUAAAGCAGCUGACUGCUUAUACUCUUAUUAAUACAUACAUAACCAUCAAUUCCCUUGCCUGUUAUAUUUAACAGUUUUACUCUCAGUUAAAUAUAACAGAGAACUGAGCACAACAUUCUGGGGAAUCCUUUAUUAAACAGCAUGUAUUCAGAGCACAGUGGCUGAAUAAACAAAAGCCUGUAUCGGUAACUGCAUCAAUUUGAAAUUUGAGCUUUUCCUGUUUUUUCAGGUUUGUUUUUUUAAAUGGUACUGUAUUUGUGUCUGAAAAAUAUACUGUGGGUCAUUUUUUAAUGUAAUGAAAAUUAUUGGAACAGUUCUAAUAUUUAUAAUUGUACUUUGCAAAAUGUCUUAAGACAAUUCCUGUUUUUCUUUCCAGUAUUCCCCCAAAUUUUCCAGUUAAGUAACUUCAAAACUGAUCUUUGAGGGUUUGGAGUAUUUGGCAUUGCCCCGUGCUCAACUGAGCGAUGGAGAUCUUUGAUGAAAAACUGUUGUCUGACCACUUGUUCUGUGGUGGAGCUGCUGGUGUACUCAAAGGCUAAAAAAUGUUUUUAAAAUUGUCUUCUUGCUCUGAAUUUUACUUUGUGUUUGAUGCUCCUGUUUGUGGCUCUGCAUAACAUAAGAGGUAAAGGCUGCUGCCUUUUUUUGUCGUUACUUUUUCUGUAUGUGAUGUAAUUUUCUUCUCAUUCCUUUGUUAGCAAGAAAGGGACAACCAAUGGACAGUCGGUGCUUCAGGGCUCAAAGAUUCUUUUUUAUUUAUUUAUUUUUUUUACCAUUGAAAAGGUUAAAUGAGUUGACAAAGACGGAUGUUAUCGGCAUUCAUUUAACACUGAAACUGAGUCGACGUGUGCCUCAUGGAUGUUGGUUGUGUCACUGUGUUGCCUGCAGCUGUUUGAAUGAACUUUGAGCAUGUCAGUUUUGCUGCUGUGAUGAUUUUUAGCGUUGAUGUUACUAGCCACACCCUUUAGUGAGAACUCAACCCGAAGUACCUGCCUUAUUUAAAGAUGUUUUCUUUUUUUUUUUUAUUAAUAUUUUGAGGUGGGGUGGGGGGUACUUUUGAAAUGACAUACAGCUUUCUCUAACUGAAGAACAAUAUUUUUUAUUCAAAUCCAUUGUAAGCUGUGAAAAAGCUGAAGAACCUUUACCAGCAUCAUUUAAAGACAUGACCCCCAAUGCAAAUAACAAUCUGUUUCAACACACGUCGGCUAUACCAGCAUGGAUAUUUGAUUGAAUAAACUCACUUUAAAAAGG